AUGGCCAAGGGCAACUUCUUUGGCCGUUGCUUUACGUUUUAUGCGCUGGUGAUUCAACCGGUCUACGCUGCGAUUCCUUACGUCCCCUCUCGAAUCUUCCUCUCUCCCCAACACAAUGGCACACUUGCAUACCUUCUGCAGCCAAAGUCGUCGGCGCAGACCGAGAUAGAAUUCCUCUCUCUGGAUCUAUCGCAAAUCGACACAAGAGCCCCACAAUAUACCGUUCUCUAUGACCACGUUCCUUUUCAAGGAGACGAUGAGGGGGCUGCAUUCGUCUCAAUGAUGGACUCUGGGGGGACCCUCAAGGUCCUCUCAGGGAACUGCCAGGCAUCUGACGGCACCGACGUCGUUUGGAGUUUCAGUCCGGAUAAUAGUAGCUCGACCGGUAACGGUACAUGGUCUCAACUGUCGGUCAAGCGCUUUCGGGCGGGAAGCGUCGAACCAGGGCCAGCAUAUCUAGCAGCUGGAUUCACAUACGCGGCGUCCAACGAUACCACCAGUACCAUGUAUACCUUUGGUGGAAUGUGUCCCUUUGCGAACAGUACCGACGACAACUGGGUAUCUGCGGCCAAUUACUCUCGGGCAAUCACUGUUUUAGAUCCGUCUGGCUCUUCUUAUGAUCUUGAGAUAACUGUGCCACCAAAUCCUCCUGUCGCUGAAGCUGGGUUCACGAUAACACCGCUGCAAGGAACUUCUUCUACAACGUCAGGGGGGAGAGUGCUGCAACAGCAAGACUUCCUUUUGAUUGGUGGUCACACCCAGACCGCCUUUAUCAAUAUGUCGAGUCUGGCACUUUUUUCUCUGCCGCAGGCCGGUUGGACAUAUAUCCCUGUCGGUUCCUCAGUCGGCGCCGGCAGAACCAAUCUCGCUGCUCGGGAUGUUCAGGUAGAGCCGAGGUCGGGCCACAGUGCGGUUCUUUCAUCAGAUGGGAGCAAGAUCGUCGUCUUCGGUGGCUGGGUUGGCGACACGAGCACACCUGCCGACCCGCAACUCGUUAUUCUUGAGCUUGGCGAGGAUUACGGAGGUUCUGGGGAAUGGACAUGGACUGUGCCGUCUCAGCCCACUGGUUCUGGGAUGCCUAAACAAGGCUCUGGGAUUUUUGGGCACGCGGCGGCAAUGCUUCCAGGAGACGUGAUGGUAAUCAUCGGAGGAUAUAGCAUUCCCUCAUCGUCAUCAUCGAAGCGCUCUGCCUCGGGAUUCGAGCCCAGCUCUCAGGUCUAUCUAUACAAUCUGACAUCUAACACCUGGGUGUCGUCGUAUACGAAUCCAGCUAUACAAAAUCUGGCCUCGGGUGAACGAGAGACUGGUAACCUUUCUUCUACAGGACAGAAGGCUGGACUCGGAGUUGGCAUGUCUCUUGCAGUAGUUGUUCUUCUUGGAGUGGUUUUUUGCGUGUAUUCACGGAAGAGGUCACGCCAUCGUCGUUUCAGGGAGCAGCAGCUUCGCCAAUUGGCUCUUGGCGCAGAGCGUUCUCAUGUCUGGGAUGAGCCCGGAAUGGCAGUCAGCUUCCAAGGCCCCAUGAGCGAGCAAUGGAGCAGCGCCUAUUCGCUCGGUCUCAAUCGCGGGUACAGUCCUGCGUCAAGCUCACGACAUUAUGGAGGAUCAAUGGCAGAGAGGACUGGUCUACUGGGGGAGACACCUAAUCUAACGAGAGGACUUCAGAGAAGUUUCUCUUCUCGGCCGCAGAUGAAUUAUUCCAGCGCAGGCUUCAUCCACCCUAUCGAUGAGCGCGACGAAUAUGAAGAGACAUUGGCAGAGUCUCCGGAACAGGAAGACAGCCGGCAACGCAGCAGGAGCCCUGAAAUGUCGGACCCCUUUGAUGAUCCUUCGCCGUCGGCACCAUCUCAGAUAAUGCCUGUUAAUGAAGGUACCUCUCUACUGCAGGAUCAUACCGAUGGCAUGGAAGAGUCAUCUGGGGAUGGCUCUGAAAGAAGGCGCAGCAUGUCUCCAAAUAAGAAUGAGCGAACCGAUUCGAAUUUGUCAGAGUCUUCUGCGUCGGGAUUGUCUGUAUCUUCUAUUCAACGAUCGAAUUUCGGCUCUGUGAAAAGGCGGGUUUCCGACAAAGCACCGCGUCUUGAUCUAUCCAAUGUCCCGGUACUUGAACCGUCUUCAAGCUCCAGUUCAGCCGUCAGUGGGCGCGAGUCGCCAGAGAAGGAACCCAGUCGAUCAGGCCGCUCUCCGGGAAAUCUCCAGUCUGGUAGUGACGACACUGUAGUUUUGUCUGUCGAGCGAUCCAUGGAUUCGUUUUCCACCGCUCACACUUCACAGAGGCAACAACAGAUGGAAAGUGAAAGUCUCCUGGGAGGAAGUUCUGAAUGGGCCACGCCCCCCGAGUCUCCAACCAGGUUGUCCACCACCAGCUUGAAAAGGAAUUCUUUGAGCUGGAUGGGGAGCGUCCGCAAGACCCUGAAGGGGGCUAAGAAGGCCGCAAACUUUGACAAAUUCCUCGCGACUAGUUCUCAGGAUACCGCGACAACAACAGCAGCAGCAACAGCAGCAACAACAACAGCAUUCAAUCCGACUCCGAGCCCCGACAAAAUGCCCAGAAGGGCCGUCAGUGCCUCUGCCGCUCAUCUGCGGCGCAAACAAGGUCCCCGAGACUGGGCGGUAGACAAGAGAUUCUCCGACGACAGCUUCCUGUCUUACCCUCCUUCUGGGGACCUGCAUACAUACGAUACAAACAACGACGAGGACGACAACGAGUACGACGACGAGGAAGACUGGGACGUCGAAGCAGCAGCCGAAGGCAGAGUCGUGCAGGUAACCACGUUCACCGUUCCGAAGGAGAAGCUCCGAGUGGUGAACGCUGGCGUCGGCGAUGGCAUCAGCGAUGUCGGCAAUGAUGAUGAUGAAACGGAUCGUGCCUCGACCAGAAGGAGCAGAAGAGGCAGUAUCGACAGGGAGUGA